AGGUGUAGCACCGGAAUGAGGCAGAGGGGCAGGACUGGGGCCCGCAGGCCGCGGGGGGGACACGGGGCGCACGGCGGCACCCCGGCGGUCCCCACCGGCCGGCGGGACCCGCGCUGCCCGCUGCCCCCGCCGGGGGUGCCGGCGGGCGGGGGGACCCACGCGAGGCCGCCGCGGGCCUGGGCCCCGGCCGCGGGAGGUGGCGCCGCCCCGCUCCCAUGGCAACGGCGCGAGGCCGCGCUGCUGCGGCGGCGGCGGAUCGGCACCAUGUCCUCCUUGGCCGUGUCCGAGCCCCCCGCCUCACGGGCGCCCUCUCGCUCCCCGGCCCGCUCCCCGGCGCUGUCGCCGGCCCCCGGCCCCUCUCGCUGCGGCGGGGAGCGGCGCAGGAACGCCUCGGACGCCGGCGCGGACCUCGGCGCCGUCCAGGAUACACAGUUAAGAUCAGUGGAUCUGAGUCGCGUCAUCAAACUACUUGAAGAUUCAGACUCAAAAGAUUUGGAAAAAGAGCAGCUGAAAGCUCUCAAGAAGGUAGUCAAGCAUUUUGAAAACGGGCUUCCCCUUAAGGAUUUAUCACAAAUAAUUGAAAUUCUUAACCUGUGUGCAGAAAAAAUGAACGAACAAGAAGCUUUCACUGAGCCUUUAUGUGAACUUAUUAAAUUAUGUGGAUUACCGUUUCAAAAAAAGAAAUUAUCUGAUGAAGUAAGCUAUUCUGUGGCAGUUUCAAAUUGCAUUGCACAACUGGGUUAUUUGAUGAGGGUGCCAAGCUCUCAAGUUAGAAUACAAAUCUGUAAGUGUGUUGUUAGCUUUUAUAAUACGGAGCUGCCGAGAAAACUACUUUCAGGUUACCAACCAACAAGUGCAAACUAUAAAAUUCAGAUGGCUGAAUUAGGAGGAUUAGCAGAAACUCUCAUUUUGUCACUAACAUUAGUUGAAAAUCAACUUACUGAGAAGUUGUGGGUACUUAAAGCUCUCCAGCAUCUCUCCAGCUCUGGAGUAAAUUGCAGACUUAUGAUGAAGGCCCAAGCAGCCAGCAGACUCUGUUUGUAUCUAAAUGGUGUUGAUCCUUCAGGACAGCUGGUGUUCCGCUCCUCAGAAAUCCUAUGGAACCUAUUAGAAAACACCUCAAAAGAAGAAGUUGUUAAUCAGCUCAGUAGCUUGGAAUGUGUACAUGCUUUGAAAGAAGUAUUUGUAGACCUUCUCAUGCAUGGUUUCCGGCAUUAUGAUCGUCAGCUACGGAAUGACCUCUUGGUGAUUGCCACAUUACUAGCUGAAAACCCUGCAGCACCUAUGAUUGAAAGUGGAUUUACAAAGCUGUUAAUAGUACUUGCAACAUUUACUGAAGUUAAAAUUCCCAAUCCCUUGAUAAAAGGUCUUAAACUUACCUACUCUUAUGAGGACUUCGAGCUGAAGAAGUUACUAUUUAAUGUAAUAGCAGUCUUAUCUAAAGACCCAUGUGCUGUACGGCUUCUCAGUGAAAAUUAUGUGAUGCCAGCUUUGCUUUGCUAUGUAAAACCAAGUCAGAAGCCUGGAUUUCAUGACUGGUCUGCUGCCCAAUAUGAAGAAUUACAGCUUCAUGCAAUUGCUAUUUUAGCUUCAGUGGCUCCCUUGUUAGUAGAUAAAUAUUUGUCCUGCCAAGCGAAUACUCUUCUCCUUGUGUUUCUAGAAUGGUGUAUAGGCCAAGAUCCUUUCUUUGGUCAAGGUAACAGUUUCCAUGGAACAGGUGGUCGUGGCAACAAACUUGCACAAAUGCGCUGCAGCCUGAGGGUGCUGAGAUCUGUUGUGUCCCUUUAUGAUGAUGCUGUGAACCUUAAUUUGUGUGACCAGGGAGCAAUUAGCCAGCUACUGGACAUCCUAAAGUAUGCAGCAAACAAAUCCAAAGAGAAAGAAGAUGCCAUUGUACUGGAAGUCCAAGCUGAUAUAUUAUUUAUUUUGUCUGCUCUCUGUGAAAAUGAUCUCCACAGAAAGGAACUCUUCAGCUAUGAAGGAGUGGAUAUACUUAUCCCAUUCAUUCAGAUGGAUCCAAAGAGGUUAUACAGUGGAUUAGGCCACAAUUGUCUCCUCUUCAGUGCACUUGAUUGCUUGUGGUCCUGUGUCAUUGGAUGUUACAUUGCAGAGGAUUAUUUUCUUGAAAAACAGGGCAUUUUUCUCCUUCUGGAUUUGUUGGCAUUAAAGCAAAAGAACCUGUGCAAUAUAAUUCUUGGAAUCUUGGUUGAAUUUUGUGACAACCCUCAAACCACUUCACACAUCAGUACCUGGCGAGGGGAAAAAGAUCAAACAGCAGCUAACCUUCUAAUAGAGUUGUGGAGACAGGAGGAGUUGGAGCUAGGAGUCAAACGUGAUCGAUAUGGAAGGAUUGCUGAUGUGAAGAGACCUAUUGCUAGCAGCUUCCAGAAACAGCAAGAGGUCAUUCCUAUGCCUGCCAACUGUCCCAGCUUUGCCAUCAUGGAAAUUUCAGAAAACAUACGAGCAAAACUUUAUUCAUUAUUGUGCAAGCUAGGUUUCGAAAAUUUACCUGGCUUAUCUGCUAAGGAUUUUGUCACACUUGCUAUCAUACGGCGUUAUAUUGACUUUAAAGUUGGAGAAGUUUGGAGUGAACUGUGUGCAGAACUAAAAGAAGAAUUCAGGCCUGUUACGUCGGAUGAGGAAGCCUUGAAAGUUAUUUCAGAGGUAUCAGAAGACACUGGAAGAAUGGUUGCUGCUCUGCAGACUGAAGUGCUUGAAAGUCAACAUCACCAAGAAAUCCAAGAAGAGGAAGAAACAUAUACAAAAAUACAAGCUAUCCAUAAGCAGAGAGAAAUGGUGAAUAAAUCCUGGAAAAAUUUCUUGACUCGGACAUCAAAGUAUGAAGCAUUGAAGAAGGCAAAAAGGAUUCAGGAAAAAUCAAUAGAGGCUUCCAGAUCUAAACUGAAGACUCAAAACGGAACAGUCCAUUCUACUGAUAUUAAAGGCCUCAGUACAACAUACGGCAACUUCAUAGAUGAUUUACGGCUCUAUGUGAGAGGAGGAACUGGUGGAAUGGGUUAUCCUCGUCUAGGUGGGGAAGGAGGGCGAGGUGGUGAUGUCUGGUUCGUCGCCCAAGAAAGAACUACCUUAAAGACCAUAAAGGACAGAUAUCCGCAGAAGCGAUUUCUAGCUGGAACAGGAGCCAACAGCAGUGUUAAAGCACUAAAAGGUGAAAAAGGAAAAGAUUGUGAAGUGCAUGUGCCUGUGGGAAUUUCAGUUCUUUGUGAUGAUGGCAAGCAGAUUGGAGAGCUUAAUGCAGCAGGAGAGAGACUCCUAGUAGCUCGCGGAGGUCUUGGAGGCUCUUUGGCCACAAACUUCAUGCCUUGCAAAGGUCAGAGGCGGAUUGUUCAUCUUGAUUUGAAACUUAUAGCAGAUGUUGGCUUAGUUGGGUUUCCAAAUGCAGGAAAAUCAUCCUUGUUAAGCAAGAUUUCUCAUGCCAAACCUGAGAUUGCAAAUUAUGCAUUUACGACAGUACAGCCUGAACUAGGAAAGGUCAUGUAUGCAGAUUAUAAGCAGAUUUCAGUAGCUGAUCUCCCAGGACUGAUUGAAGGUGCACAUGCAAACAAAGGGAUGGGCCACAAAUUUCUCAAACAUGUAGAAAGAACCAAACAGCUUCUCUUAGUUGUUGAUAUUUCUGGGUUUCAGCUGUCUAUUAAGACUCGGUUCAGAACAGCCUUUGAAACUAUAUUGCUUCUAACAAAGGAACUGGAGCUGUACAAAGAGGAACUUCUAACAAAGCCUGCAGUUCUUGCUGUUAAUAAAAUGGAUUUACCUUGUGCAAAGGAUAACUUGAGUGAACUUAUGAAACAGCUACAGAAUCCUCAAGACUUCUUACACUUACUACAGGAAGAAAUGAUUCCUGCAAACACACUUGAAUUCAAAGAUAUAAUUCCUAUAUCUACAUAUACUGGAGAAGGAAUCGAGGAACUAAAAGCACGUAUAAGAAAAUCUAUAGAUGAGGAAGCAGAGCAGGAGAAUGAAGAAUAUCGGAAAAAGAAACUACUACUUUUACAAACUUCAGAAGAAGGACAAGUGAAUAGAAGCUAGCGUUCUUGGCUGGAUCCAACGCAUUUUAAUAUUUUUAGUAUGUACAUGAACCCAUUGCUAUGCAGACCUUCCAUUUAAUUUUUGUUCCCUCUACCACCACUGCCCAGUUCUUUGCUUGUCCCACCAUUGUCUCAAUUUCUUUUGGCACUUGGGUAGAGCACAGUGGGGAAAAGAACGGGUUUUUCUGAUUGACGUUGGCUACCGACUCAACAGAGUGAAGACCACAGCGUGUGCAACUCAGAGCACUGCUUAACAACUGAUGAUCCCUGGAAUAUUUUUUGCCAAAUGAGAUGAAUGGAAGGAAUAUAACCUGCACAGAUAGCAAAGGAGCAAGUUCAACCACUCUACAGCUUCUGCCAUGAGCAUCAAAAACACCAAGGGAAAUUUCUGAUGGAGCCAUUUUCCAGGGUCUAGCACUUCUAAGGUGAACCAGUUGUGCUACUUCGAGAGGCAUCGGAUUGUGGGGGUUUUGUUGUUUUUAAAGAUUUAAAGGAAAACACAAAUAAAUGGCAGCAAGGAAGUGACUUGUAGGAGCACAAAAAAGCAAGGCUGAUGUGUAAUGUUGGGUUUUGUUUUUUUUUUUCCACACCUGCUGUUGCCUACUGUAGUCCUCUUGAUCAUAUAAAUCCUGAUUCCAAAUUCCCCAACUUAAUUUGGGAUUCCCUCCUUUUAUGGAGUUGUGGGUAUAUGUAACUUCUUGGUGAAGAAAAUGAUGAUUGCUUUUCAACAGAGCUAUGCAUUUUUCAGAAUAGUUAGUGUUCCAGUUUUUGUAUUACAAGCAGGCAUACUUAGAUAUUUUACUUUUUAAAAAAAACUAGAAUUCCUUUAUUGUACAGGGUGUUUUCUACUUCAAAACAAUUAAACUGGCAGAGGUCCUU